AUGCCACGCAACCUCUCCAACCUGCGGGACAAUCUUUCCCAGCUCAAAGACUUUUUGUCUUAUCUGUCGACAGUAGAGGGUGAUUUAUCAAACAUUACGGCGCCUCCUUUUAUUCUUGCUCCGAAAUCAGCCAUUGAAGUACCCUCCGCCUGGGCCUCACGUCACGACUUGUUCCUUGCGCCUGCUGGCGAGCCGGAUCCACAGUUGAGGGCGGUUCUUGUUGCGAAGAAUUACCUGUGCAGCUUGAAGCAGCUCGUCGACGAGGGCGGCGAAAAUGCAGCAAAGAAACCCUUGAACCCGUUCCUGGGCGAGCUUUUCAUCGGGACCUAUGGCGAGGGCGCCAAUGCCACCAGGUUGAUCUCGGAGCAGGUCUCACAUCACCCACCCGUGACGGCCUGUUACAUGCAUAACGAGGAGCAUGGCAUCACGUCGCGAGGCUUCGCUGCGCAGCAGACGUCAUUCAGCGCGUCGAAUGGUGUUGCCGUGAAACAGAUUGGAUAUGCAGUCGUUCGGGUGGACAAGUACGACGAGGAGCACCUCAUGACGAUGCCCACCCUGCUCAUCAAAGGCCUCACGACAGGGUCGCCGCACCCGGAAUUGGGAGGUCCCUGCUACAUCAGCAGCUCCAGCGGCCCAUUGACCAAGAUCGAAUUUGGCAGUGGCGGCACGUUUGGGCUGGGCAAGAAGAACAAGGUCCAGGCCACGGUCUACAAGACCCCCUCCAUGAAGGAUGUUCUCUGUGAAUUCUCCGGUCAUUGGGACGGCAAAAUGGCCAUCAAAGAUCCAAAGGGUGAGGUUCUCGAGGAAUUCCAGGCCGACGACAUGCCUCCUAUCAAGCCCACUGUCCGACCCGUCGAGCAGCAGACGACGUGGGAAUCUCGACGUGCAUGGAGCAAGGUGUUUGAGGGCAUCUACGAGGGCAACGUACAGAAGAUCCAUAAGCAUAAGAGUGCGUUGGAGGAGGCCCAGCGCGCUUUGCGCCAAAAGGAGAAGGCAAGCGGUUCAUCAUGGGAGCCAUGCUUCUUCACGAACCGGUCCGAAGAUGCUCGCGUCACCUCUCUGCUCAAGGCCCUGCCAGAAGAGGCGCGCAAUGAACUUGCCCCGACGAAGACGGCUGGGUCGUGGAACUCGAUUGGCAUCGGGGCCGCCGAGGACAUCCUCAGUCGGCUACACGCCCUCCGCGCCAACAGCCCUACCAGCACAAAGUGA